AUGGAUGGAGGUGAAAGAGUUCAAGCAACUGGGCUAUACAAGACUGACAUUGAGUUUAAUCUUUUGGACAAUGAGCUAUGUAGAAGCUUAGCUGUUUUCCCUGGUUACAACAAAGAUUCCUUCAUUCGAGCUGCAUGGACCCGGAGAUCUCGAGGUGAGGCUGCAAAAAGACCUAAUAGGAAAUCAUGGUCGCAAAGGACAGAUAUGUACAUGAGGCCAUUUUUACUGGAUGUUUUCUUUUCAAAACGAUUUAUCCAUGCCAAAGUGAUGCACCGGGGUACCAGCAAAGUGAUAUCCGUGGCUAGCACGAAUUCCAAGGAUUUGAGGUAUUCGUUGACGUCGCUUGUCGACAACGAUGCGUGUCGAGUCAUAGGAAACCUGAUCGCAGAGAGGUGCAAGGAUGCUGAUGUAUUUGCAAUGUCUUUUGAGCCCAAAAAGAAUGAGAGGAUUGAGGGUAGGCUUGGAAUUGUUCUUGAUACCAUUAGGGAGAACGGAAUCAUGUUCGUUUAG